CAUAGUCAAUGUAAAAUGGCACGCGGUAUUAUGUUGAUGUUAGAAUGACAACAAAUCUUGGUCGGUAAGCAGAGAAAAAAUAAACACGCCGCUUCGGCCAACAAUGUUUGAUUUAAAGCUAAGACAUAGUUGAUCAAAUAACGAAUUUCCAUAGAUGUUAAUUGUGUGUGUUUGACAUACAGUUUCUUUACCAAUCAUUGAUUGUUUUAAACAUAUCAUAUUUACUCCAGGUCCAUUAAUUACAGCUAAAAUUCCUUUCAAGAUGUCCGACAUGCAAAUGAAUGGUUUCCAUGGUGAAGAGCUGUUGAUAAAGGAUGAGAAUUUCCCAGUUCAUCUUAUGAGCCGUUUGAACAAGUUACGAGAAGGAGUCAAGUUUUGUGACGUCACACUGGUCGUGGGGCAACAUGAUGUCCCUGCACACAAAUGUAUCUUGGUGUCUUGCAGUCCGUAUUUAUUUGAUUUAUUCAGCCAGGAAGAAAAGUCUGGAGUGACCAGGGGAACAUGUAAACUCAAGGGUAUAGAGUUUACAAGUUUUGAGUAUCUCUUGAACUACAUGUAUACUGGAAAGAUGGUCAUACCGGCAGAAGAGGUGAAGAGUGUAUAUGGAACAGCCAGAAAGUUAAAAAUGGAAGAAGUUGCUAAGCAGUGUGUGGCUUUCCUAGCUGAUAAUCUCACCCCUGCCAACUGCUUAGGGAUUCGAUCUUAUGCUCAGGAUGUUGAAAUGAAGAAAAAAGUAGAUGAAUAUAUUAAAGUCAAUUUUAAUGAUGUUAUUGUCAGUAAAAAUUUCUAUGGAUUACCAAACUUACAAGUUGAAGUAGUUGGAGCUGAUGAAGAUUUAUUAGAUUCCAGCCAGCAAUCACAUCUGUUUGAGCUCCUCUUAAUUUGGGUGAAAGAGCAUCAAAAUACAAAAAAAUUCAAGCUUGAAAGAUUAAUAGAGCAAUCAAAUGUCUUGUACCUUACAAGAGAUAACACACUACAGGACUGUAAAGAUUUUGAAGAUAAAAGUUUGAAAGAGGAUGAAGGAGUCCAGGAUUAUCGCAAACUAAAACGUAAACAGCACGGACACAUCAAAGCCAAUCAAAAUAAAAAUGGUCGAACAUCAGAAACUAAUAAUAAUCAGGUUAAUUCGCUGCCAUUCCAAAAAUUUACCAUUGUAAAAGAUAAGUCUGUUCUAGAGAGAGAAUGGAAAAUCAUCGCAUUUAAAGAGACGGCAGACAAUACAUAUAUCAGUAUCUCCAUUUUCAAUGGUUGUUUGACAACCAUAUCUCUUCAUUGUCGCGUUGCUAGGCAGAGUCCUUCCAACAGUAUAUCAGAUACUCCAGAUUCACCAGUACAUUCAGUCUCAGAUAUCCAGUUUGAGAGAAGUCGUUCCCUAACCCCCUUAAAGAGUAUGUCGACACCUAGAUGUGGAUUUGGUUUGAGAGCUGUUGGUGAUAUUUUAAUAGCCAGUGGUGGUUAUGAUCGGGGUGAAUGCAUGAAAUCUACAGAGUGUUUUGAUAUUGAAAGUAAUACAUGGAGGAUACUAGCGGACAUGAAUACGUCACGAGGUCGAUUUUCUACAGCACGAAUGGGUAACAUGAUUUAUGCAUGUGGAGGUUCAAACGGAUUGCAAGAAUUGCGAUCAGUGGAAGUUUAUGAUCCUGAAAAAGAUCUCUGGUCGUUCGUGGCUCCAAUGUCAAAGGAUAGAUCCUCACCAGGUUGCGCUGUAUUAAAUGAUAAAUUAUAUUGUAUUGGUGGUUGCAUGGGACAGGACAGUAUUGCUGGAUGUGAAGUCUAUGAUCCUAAAAAUGAUAGUUGGUCUGAUAUAGCAUCCCUUCAAAUAGCACGAUACCAGGCGUCUGUUAGAGCCUAUCAGGGUAAAUUAUAUGUAAUGGGCGGUACCGAUGGCUGGCAUUGUCUGAAGUCUGUAGAAGUUUACGACACAGAAACAAAUGAAUGGAAGUUUAUAGAAUCUCUAAAUGUGUCUAGACGCGGUGCUGGUGUUGAAAGCUAUCAAGGUAAACUGUUUGUGAUUGGUGGAAAUGAUGGCGUAACCUCCCUAAAAUCUACAGAAGUACUGGAUGUAGAGAAUGCAGUCUGGAAAUUUGGUCCUGCCUUGACAUCUCCACGUUCGAAUGCAGGAUCUGCCGUUCACGGUAAACGACUCUUUGCUGUUGGAGGUUUUAACGGCAAGAAAUUCUUGGACACUAUGGAAUACUUGGAUGAUACGCAAGAAUGGUCACAUUACGCACCAGUACCAAAAAUAAGAAACUCAAACUCAUUAGAGAGCGUACACAGUGAGGACUCCGCCUUGGUCAAAUGUGAUGCAACUUCUUCUGUGAUGGAUGAUCCCAUUCACUGAUUGUUUAAAAAAGAGGGUUUGUGUUUUGUUUACUAAGUUCUAGAUGAGAAAUGCCCAAAAGAUAUGUUUGUGUUUAUUUAUAUAUUGUUAUUUUUUAUUACUCACUUCAAUAUCGUAAAAUAAUAAUAAAAAAAAAAUUAUGUAGUGCCCCCCUUAUUUUUUGUAAGGGUCAAUCUGUGGUUAUAUAAUAUGUCUUGGACUGAUUUGAAAUCUGAACAUUGAUUUACCCAAGUUUUAUUGGGAAAUAUUUGAGUUAAAAAAUGGGUAAAUGUUUGUCCUGAAGUAAUGGAAAGUGAAAUAAAUGGUUUGAUAUUUGACAUGUUGCUUUUAUAUAGGUCAACUUAGAGUUUGUGAUUUGGUUAAAAAUAAAAAAAAUCAUAUUCAUAAUCUGGUGUUAGUUCAUUGCCCAAUUUCAAAGACUGGUCAGGGCAUCAAAUGUUUGAGAAAUUCAUCCAAGUUUUAUGUUUUAGUAAGAUUUAGUAGUGAAUAGUGAUGUUAACCAGAAUUGUAGUUUAGAAACAAUAUAGUCUUGCAUCUCUCCAGCCCAGCCCAGAUUGUCUUUGCAUUUACACAGAGUAUUAAUCUGGACGAAAUAGUGCAAAUUUUGUAUACAAAUUUAGGCAGGGGCGAAUAAUUUUUUGGGAAAAAAAAAAUUUAUUGGGGAUCAAAAAUCUGAAUGAUUCCACAUGUUUCAUAGAAAUUGGUUCUUCUUCUAGAAAUGUGAACUGCGAUUGUAAAUUGAAAUAUGACAUAAAAUUUACUUAUAUUUAUCAUUUUCAUAAGAGCACUUAAUACAAAAUUUAAUUGAGUAUUUUGUGUUUAAUAUUGCACAGAUCUGUGUUGUGUUUUACUGAAUUCAGGAAUUAUAUUUUCCAUAAGUAUCUGAUGCCAAUAGAUAAAACAGUUCUAAUAUCGUGCUUAAACAUAAAGAGGCAUUAGGGCUUUGGAGUACAUUGGUGGGCAUGCAAAUUUGAUUGCAAAGUUUAAUAGAUCUGAUAAUCCACCGCUUAUGUGGAAACGUUUUAGGAUUCCAUAUGAGUCAUAUUUUCUAGCCUGUUUCGGUUUUUUAAGAUUUAACUAGCACUAUGGAAUAAUUCUUGGAUCUAAAUAGGCUAAUUCUUUGAUUUUUGAUAAUUAGAUGAGGGUUAUUUUAAAUUUGAAAUUUAUAUGUUCUUGUUUAGUUACCAAUGUCUCUUUAUGUUAACAAUUCAGAAUGUUUUGUAUUGCAAAAUAUAUAUAUACUCAUAUUUUGUUUGAAUGUGCAAAAUAACAGUAUAAUGCAAAUGAACAAAAUUCCAGUUCUAGUCUAUUUGAACCUUAAACUUUUUAACUUUUAAUGAAAAACUUGGAUAGGUUUCUGAUCUCAGAAAUGUUUGUAAUUAUGUAUAUAUAUUUUGUGUUUAUUUUACUGCCAUUUAUAACAAAUAUAUAAUUAUUUUCUUUUUUCUUUUCCAAUGAAAUGAUAUCAAAUCUAUUUUUCUCCUAUUGUAUAUAUUUUCAAAGAAUUUUUGAUUGGUAGUAUAUGUAUACUUUUAUACACCUAUAUUCAUUGUGUACAUACAGGUUUUGAUCAUCCAAAUUAGUUAUGAAAAAAGAAAAAGUAUAAAAACUUAGUGCUAUUACUAUAAUUAAUUUUUGGGGCAUUCAUCGUUGGGUUGAUUCAUGUCGUAUUUUCGGAAAUCAUGACUGAACUAUUUGGGGAGUUUUCAAACACUUUCCUUCAAGUUACAGAACAUAUACCGUUUUAUCGAUGGCAUAUUUGUCCCCAGUAACAACUAUGGCAAUCAGGGGUUUUGAACGCAUUCUGGUCGAAUGUCAAAAAAAAAUUAACAGUUUUACCGAUUAAUCUUGUGCAGUAAAUUAAUGCGUUAGCGACUAAGGUCUUUGAAAGUAUUUCGCAUAUGAUUUUCCUAAAUCUCCAAAAAUAUGACAUCGAACGUCAAAUAUGACAAUAUAUAUAUGACGAUUGCAUUUAUUUUUAAGAGUAGGAGUUAGGUUACCACUAAGUGUUGUUUACUUGAUCUAGUGCAUUUUGGAAUAUAAUAGGUAAAGUACAUGCAAUUGGUAGUAUCUUCUGUUUUCUAACAUUUUUGGUUUACUUAAAACAUUGACUGAUUAAAUUUUGAAUGUAGCAAUAUGGCCAGCUAGCAAAAUAUUGGAACUGGCAGAUCUGGUUUGUUUAAAGAAUUUAAAAUAAAGGGUCCAUAUAAGGAUCAUGAAUUUAUAGGUUUAGGAUCUCUUUCAAAAAUGUGAUAAAAAGCCAUUUAAACCUCCCAUUUUCAAAACUUUUUUUUUCGCAAAUGAACAUUGUACUAAACUAUUGAUAUUUAAUUUAAUUAUUUUGGCAAAGAUAGUUUCUGCAAAAAUGCCAAUUUUUAACCCCAUUAAUUGUGCUUAAAAAAAAAAGCUUUUAAAUUGAGGCACAUGCCUGAAUAGACUUUAACCUAACAGAGUUAAAUUAGGAUAUUUUAUAAAUAAAUUUAAUUAAGGCACCAGCCUGAAUCUACUUUAAUCUAACAGGGUUAUAUUAGGAUAUAUUAUGGAUUAAGCAAAUAAUGAUAAAAUAAACUAUUUAUUUUUCAUAAAUAUUCCAUUUUCAUUUCCCAAUUAAUUUUUUUUUUGUUACUAUAAUUAUUUGGCUGUACUCUUCCUCUCCUAAUUAUUUUAAUCAUUUCCAUAUCAAUCAGAGUGGACUUUAAACAACCUUUUCACACACUGUUAUAUUGUCAUCAAAAAUAGAGAAUUUAUAUUUCUUUUUCCUAUCACAUGGAACAGAUUUUCUUUGAUUUUCAAAUUUAUAUUGAAUUCAAUUGUUUAGUUUGUAUUUUCCUAUUUUUUUUUCUUUUCAUAUGACAACAUACAGAAUAAAAUGUCUUCUCAUUCAAA